AUGGAAUCUCAGGACGGGAUCCAGAGGCUCCUCGCCGCCGAGCAGGAGGCACAGGCAAUCGUGAACGCCGCUCGUCAGGAGAAGACAGCGAGGCUGAGGCAGGCCAAGGAGGAGGCGGAGGCGGAAGUCGCGGCCUACAGGGCACAGAGGGAGGCGGUGUACCAGGAAAAACUCUCGAAGGUGAACACGGACCCGGCGAGAUCCCCGUCUUCCGCCCAGAUCUCUCGGCAAAGCGGAGAUAAGAGCGCGAUCGGCGCGCAGCUGGCGCAGGAUGCCGAUUCACAGGUGAAGACCAUCCGUGAGCAGUGCAAGGCGAACGAGGGCGUGGUGACCGCGAUGCUUAAGGCGAAGGUCACCGAGGUGUAG